GAUUGCCGAGCUUUGAUUCGGCGUGUGGAUGCCGACUGUCUGAGCGGAGAGGAAAUCGAACCGCCGCCAUAUUUGGGGAACUGCCUACCGACGGGAGAAACUUUGCUGGCUAGCGUUAGCACAGCGCUCCGCGGUCAGUCCGGUGCGGACUCUCGCUCUCGGCCUGACAUGGUUCUCCAGCAGGUGUGGGAGACUCACGCCUCGGGCUCGAGCUCGUGUGAGGGAUUGGGGUUCGCUCAGAGCCAGUAGCUCGUCGCCGGAGACUGUUUAUACGUGUGAGUGGACACGAUUAGCAUUGCUAAGCUAACGAGCCGUCACUUGGAUUUUCCUCGCCGGAGAUCGGGGUUUCCGUCUUCGCUUGUCGUCGGGACCUCUCAGCUGUUCGGAGCGGUACUGACAGGGUGCCCAUGCGUUGGCUCCUUUGGUCCAUCUAUUCCUGCAGAUGAAUCUUCAGCUGCCUUGGCGAAGCUCAGCGUCCAGUUUGUCCCGUCCCCUCAGCCCGGGAGAUAAGGGACUCCACUGAGCAGGAUGCCCUCCUCUGUCAGAGCGGGGAGCCUGAAGGAUCCAGAGGUGGCUGAGCUGUUCUUCAAGGAAGAUCCGGAGAAGCUGUUCUCUGACCUCAGAGAGAUUGGACAUGGCAGCUUCGGCGCUGUCUACUUUGCGCGAGAUGUGCGCACCAACGAGGUGGUGGCUAUCAAGAAAAUGUCCUACAACGGGAAGCAGUCGAACGAGAAAUGGCAGGACAUCAUAAAGGAGGUGAAGUUUCUCCAGAGGAUCCGGCAUCCCAACAGUAUAGAGUACAAAGGCUGCUACCUCCGGGAGCACACAGCAUGGCUGGUGAUGGAGUACUGCCUCGGCUCCGCCUCCGAUCUGUUAGAAGUUCAUAAAAAGCCUCUACAAGAAGUAGAGAUUGCUGCCAUCACUCACGGUGCUUUGCAGGGUCUGGCCUACCUCCAUUCUCACAACAUGAUCCACAGGGAUGUGAAGGCGGGAAACAUCCUGCUGACUGAGCCUGGCCAGGUCAAACUGGCCGACUUUGGCUCCGCCUCCAUCGCCUCGCCUGCCAACUCUUUUGUGGGAACGCCAUACUGGAUGGCGCCGGAGGUGAUCCUCGCCAUGGACGAAGGCCAGUACGAUGGGAAGGUGGACGUCUGGUCUCUAGGGAUUACCUGUAUAGAAUUAGCGGAGAGGAAGCCUCCCCUGUUUAACAUGAAUGCAAUGAGUGCCUUAUACCACAUAGCGCAGAAUGAGAGCCCCACACUGCAGUCCAGCGAAUGGACGGAUUACUUCAGAAACUUCAUCGAUUCCUGCCUUCAGAAAAUCCCCCAGGACAGACCACACUCCGACGACAUGCUGGGUCAUGCGUUUCUGCAGAGGGAGCGACCUGAGUCUGUGCUGAUGGACCUGAUCCAGAGGACCAAGGAUGCAGUCCGAGAGCUGGACAACUUGCAGUAUCGUAAGAUGAAGAAGAUUCUUCUCCAAGAAGCCCAUAACGGACCCACAGCUGAAGCUCCAGAUGGAGAAGAGGAGCUGGAGCCCGGUGCGGGUCGGACGGGAACUGUGAACAGCGUGGGCAGCAACCAGUCCAUCCCCAGCAUGUCCAUCAGUGCCAGCUCCCAGAGCAGCUCCGUCAACAGCCUGAACGAAGCGGCCCAGGACAGCCGCAGCGAGCUGGACCUGAUGGAGGGAGACCACACCGUCAUGUCCAACAGCUCCGUCAUUCACCUGAAGCCGGAUGAAGAGGAGAGUUUCUCAGGGGAGCCAGCAACCAGCAGCCCGCCAUCGGAGCCGCAGCCGGCCCCAGCUCAGGCCCCGAGGAAGCACUACCGCAACAGAGAGCACUUCGCCACCAUCCGCACGGCGUCGCUGGUGACCCGUGAAAUGCAGGAACACGAGCAGGACUCUGAGCUGCGUGAACAGAUGUCCGGCUACAAACGGAUGAGGCGGCAACAUCAGAAGCACCUGAUGGCUCUAGAGAACAAGCUGAAGUCCGAGAUGGACGAGCACAGGCUGAGGCUGGAUAAGGAGCUGGAGAGCCAGAGGAACAACUUCACCCAGGAGAUGGAGAAGCUGCUGAAGAAGCACCAGGCUGCCCUGGAGAAAGAUCUCAAGACAUUUGCCAACGAUGAGAAGAAGUUCCAGCAGCACAUCCAGGUGCAGCAGAAGAAGGAGCUCAGCAGCUUCCUGGAGUCACAGAAACGGGAGUAUAAGCUGCGCAAAGAGCAGCUGAAAGAGGAACUGAGCGAGAACCAGUCGACUCCCAAGAAAGAGAAGCAGGAAUGGCUGUCCAAGCAGAAGGAGAACAUUCAGCACUUUCAGGCGGAGGAGGAGGCCAACCUGCUGCGGAGACAGCGCCAGUACCUGGAGCUGGAGUGCCGGCGCUUCAAGCGGCGGAUCCUGAUCGCCCGGCACAACGUGGAGCAGGACCUGGCCAGAGAGGAGCUGAACAAGAGGCAGACACAGAAGGACCUGGAGCACGCCAUGCUGCUGCGCCACCACGAGUCCAUGCAGGAACUGGAGUUCCGCCACCUCUCGGCCAUCCAGAAGGCUCGGGCCGAGCUGAUCCGGACACAGCACCAGACCGAACUCACCAACCAGCUGGAGUACAACAAGAGGAGGGAACGUGAGCUGAGACGCAAGCAUGUCAUGGAGGUCCGGCAGCAGCCCAAGAGCCUCAAGUCCAAGGAGUUCCAGAUUAAGAAGCAGUUCCAGGAGACGUGUAAGACUCAGGCCCAGCAGUACAAAGCGCUUCGGAACCACCUGUUGGAGACAACACCCAAGUCUGACCACAAGGCGGUGCUGAAGAGGCUGAAGGAGGAGCAGACCAGGAAGCUGGCCAUCCUGGCUGAGCAGUACGACCACUCCAUCAAUGAGAUGUUCUCCACGCAGGCUCUGCGGCUGGACGAGGCCCAGGAGGGCGAGUGUCAGGUGCUGAGGAUGCAGCUGCAGCAGGAGCUGGAGCUGCUCAACGCCUACCAGAGCAAGAUCAAGAUGCAGACGGACGCUCAGCACGAGAAGGAGCGCCGGGACCUGGAGCAGAGGGUGUCGCUGCGCCGGGCCCUGCUGGAGCAGAAGAUCGAGGAGGAAAUGCUGGCGCUCCAGAACGAACGGCUGGAGCGGAUCCGCUCGCUGCUGGAGCGGCAAGCGCGAGAGAUCGAGGCUUUCGACUCGGAGUCCAUGCGGCUCGGCUUCAGCAACAUGGUGCUCACCAACCUGGCCCCGGAUUCACAAGGUGGAUGGGGGGGAGGCGGGGGCAGCGGCGGGGGUCAGGGCGGCCAAGGAGGAAGCCACUGGCCUGGCGGAGGUGGGGGCGGAGGAGGUGGGGUCGGCGGCGGUGGUCACCACGGUCACCACCAUCAAGGCGGCUCCAGCUCUCAGCAGCCCUGGGGCCACCCCAUGCUCUCGGGGGGCCCGCCCCCGUGGAGCCAGAGGGCCAGCGGGGGGGGCGCUGGAGGGGUGAGGAACAGCCCACAGGCUAUGAGGAGGACGUCAUCAGGGGGGAGGAGUGAGCAGGGCAUGAGCAGGAGUGCCAGCAUCACCUCCCAGAUCUCCAACGGCUCCCACCUGUCCUUCACCUAGAACACACCCCGCUCACACAGCUCAACGCGGUGAAAACCCAAACGCUCAGUCACGUCUCCCGUCACCACCCGGUCCUGUGACCUUUCACUUGCCAUAACCCAGCGUGCUGUGAUCCACGUGUCCCCCCCGACCGACCGACCGGCCGGCGGGGCGCAGUGGGGGUGGAGACACGCCCGCUGUGGUGGGUUGCGGUGUUCCUGAGGCCAAAUCCACGUGUGACUGGGUUUUGGGUUUUCACUGGAUCUGUGAGACAGUGCAAGACUGGUCUCCUCGGGUCUGUGACCUUGAACCAUGACAGUGAAGGCACUUUGGAUGGGAUCAGGUCAAGCCUGUCGGCCUACCUCAAGAGCUCCACGCCCCAAAGGUGUCGUGACUUGACAAUGACUUGCACUUUGCCGCAGGUUUCCCGCCGCAGCCCACCUGUUCUAGACUUGCACGCACAGCUUUUUGCACAUCUUUUGCUCACAUGCACAAAGCAGGAGACCAUUUGAACAAUUCUGAAGCGGACGUUUCCAGAAGACGGCGCCCCACCUUGUUCGCCAUCGCUCCUGUCCGAGGGGGUGACGCGAGCGAUGUCCCGGGCGGCUUGGCGGCUGCUGACUGACUGACUGUCUGGGUGGGCCGGUGGGUGGGAUGUGAUGCUGUGACCUCCACUGCUGUGCCCCUGCCACCUUCCCCGGUCUGACAGCCCACUCUGUCUCACCCCCCUCCCCCGCCCCACGACCAUCCUCGCUGACGUCCAGCUUUUCAGCCUAAAAAUCGAUCAAUUAUUGUACCAUAUAAAUGUCCGAUUCCAGAGUGGUAUAUAGCUGGAGGUGGGAGUCAUGCAUUUCUCUCUGUCUCAGCGGUGGAAUGUACAGUCCGUCGGUCCAUGUUGUAUAUUUGGAGGAUGGAAAAGUGAGCGGCGGUGAGCUGAUGUACAGCGACUGACAGGCGCCGGGCUCCACUCUUGCCCGGACCUCUGGAACAAUGAUCCGUGUCAUGUGGUGUCAGGCUGAAUGAUUUUGCACAGUCUGGUCCUCCGCUCCCUGUGGAUGUGGCUCUCCUCCUGCUCCAGAACCCCACGAGUCUCCCGCUCCACACGUCACUCGUGUCCCACUUGUAUCUGCAAAUGCUGCCUCUAUUCUGGGAAUCCACAAACGUCAUGCUGCACUUGAACAAAUGCCUUUGCUUUUAUCUUGCCAACCUGUUUCUUCUUCCAGCUUUGAAAACAAGCGGGGACUCCCCACCUCCCCCCGCCAAAAACAAACAUUUUAGCACAACGUCCCGCGGCUCUUUUAUCAUCAUUUUAGCGGCAGAAAGAAUCUUUUUACGUUGCUGGUGUUGACCCGCCGGCCCGCGGGGGCGGGGCCUGGCUCUCAGAUGACUUGACUCUGGACCGGACCGUUUGCACUGAUUGCACAAGUGAGUCACCAGAUUCAGGAGUCGACUGUGAUGGCUUUGCUCUGUGUACAGUUUAUCAGUAUUGCUUUGGAUCCCUGCUGCCGGCUCUGGUGGAUCCUGCUGUUUUACCCUCCCGGCCCGGGACCUGUAUUCAAAUGUAAUUAGCGUGUACAGACUGUGCGAAAACGCUGAAUGUUGCGGAGCAGGAGAGAGAGAGAGAGAGAGAGCUGUUCCUCGCAGAUGAGUCAGUUCAGUGGUGUAAAAUAAGUCCAAGCUUAGGGGGUACAUGUCAUAUUUUGUUUGUAAUGACUAUUUUCUGUUGGAAGAGGGCUACUGGAUAAAAAAAAAAAAAUCAUCUGUAAUAAAGUAAUUUUAAUAUUUACUUGACCUGUGUGUCAUUGAUGGAUUUGAAGCGGCUUUCAUUGUAGCGUCACCUGCUGACUGCGAGAGGAGCGGUGAAAGGGAAGUGGUCCAGGAAGUCUGCCACUAUGGAUGUGAGUAAGCCUCAGUCGGCAAACUGAAAAUCUCUGCUACUACUGUAUGGCUGGUGUGCUGCACCUGUCCAGCCAGCUGACCUUGUGAAGGAAGCUCGUGGUCUCAAAUUGCUUUUUCUGUCUACUUUUUUACCAUUAUUAUCUCUUAUUACAAAUUCACUCGUUCCCUUUGUUUGUUGUCCGCAAAACCUAAUCAUUUGUGUUGGGCUCAUGAAAGUAAGGUGUUUCCGGCGGUUGGAGGUCGUGUCCCUCGUAAGUUUUGUUUCUCGAAGAUCUCGCUCAGCCUCCAGAUUCAGCGCUUAUUUUGAGAGCGAAUCCUUAUCGUACGUACAAAUGGAUGAGGGAAAAGAAGAGAGCAGGAUUAUCAUUCUUUAAUAUUUCAUCGCACAUGAAACUGUAACGUUGGUGAAAAUCUCCCAUUAAGGGCUGAUUCUUUACUCAUUAAUCUCAAGUUCACGGUUCAAAAGAGAUUCAAGAGUUUGAUCCAUUGCCAUGGCUGUUGUGGUCACAGUUCUGUGUGGAGCAGAGCACAGCUUUUAUCGUGUGUACGAUCUCUUCCAGGUGAAGUGGGCCUCCUCACUCUGCAUCAUGCCCAGGCCAGGUCUGAGCGGUCGGCUCCUCCGCAGCACGCUGGGCCUCCGUCGGCUGCCCAGUCGGCCCACACCCACUUCUCCUGCGUCCUUCUCGACGUUCAUGAAGUCAGCCACGGCUUUGAAGAACUCCAGCGCCGUGGCGUGACUCCAGUUCCGCUCCUGACCCGAGCAGGUGAAGCCACAGUGGCCUCCUGUGUCGGUCAGAGCCAGGAAGAAGAAUGGAUUUCUCUGGAAGAGGGGGAGGGGCAGCGUGGAGGAGCUGGGCAGCAGGGGGUCGUCGUGGCUGCAGAUGCAGAGCACAGGAACCGCCACUUCGUCUGCGUCACGGAGGGGUUCGUUCCUCUGCCAGUAAGUGGCCCAGUCCCCGGCCCCUCCAGGGCCAGACGCCGAGCAGAAGAGAGUCUCUUCCAGGUCUUUGAGAGAGGAGCAGCCGAGAGCCCGGUCCACAUCCAGCACCGGCCUGAAGGAACUGCGGUACCUUUGGGAUGAGAGGAGGAUGAAAAUGGAUCUGCCUGACGGCUGAAGGUCUGCAGGCCGCCGACCUGUGGAGCAGCAGCUUCCUCGGGUACAACACGGCCAUGUUAUAGACAGGAGGCAGCCGGGUCUGGAACCAGCGCCGGCCCAGGAGCACCGGAGAGAUGGCCACGCAGGCGCUGAGCUGGGAGCUGGAGCCGGACUCUCCCAGGUAGGACAGAAGAACCCCGGAUCCCGAGCCCUCGCUCACUGCCAGCAGCUUGGAUGAGGGGUGGCGCUGGUGGAUGUAGGCGAGCGCCUGGCCACGGAAGAGGUCAGCUCAUCAGCUGGAAGCCCAGGAGAGUCUCCUCACCUGUUGCAGGUCUGCUGAGUCCCCGAACUCUGCCAGCCGUGCUGUGGUCAGCGGGGAGCCUGCUGUGCCCCGCGGGUGGAAGAGCACCGCGCAGAAGCCCUGGCUCACAGCCGAAAGGCACAGAGCUUCCAGGUGGGGGGUCACCCCUCCCCAGUGCUGCGGGAUGAGGACCAGCACCGGAGGAGUGGAGGUGAAGCAGCCCAGAGCCUGUCCCGCUCCACUCCUCCUGCUCCUCCUCCUCGUCCACGCUGCUUCCAUCCCAGCGGCCCAGUCCAGGGUGACCAGUCCUCCGUCGGCCAGCAGCAGGUGUUCUCUGGUCAUCUGCAGCUGCUCUGUGGGGGGGCCCAACACCUGGCUGCUGAAGGUCUGGAUGUGGGGGUCUGCCUGGGGCCAGACGCCGCUGCUGGCUUUGGUCAAAGAGGGACAGUUGUGGAGCAGGUGUUGAGCCAGAGCGGAGGGUUUGCAGACGAAGCGGAGGGCCUCUGUGGUCGGAGCUGAGCGGCUGGCGUGGGCGCCGCUCACGGGCAGAUCCAGCAGCAGACGGACGCUGAGCCAGAGGAUCCGUGCCGCAGCGUCCAGGGCCGCCUCCAGCCAGACCCUGGCUGGGCUCCGGCGUGGCAGCAGAGUCAGCAGGAGGAGCAGCGGCAGCAGACAGAGGAGGCCGUGCCCGAGAGCCAUCCUCCAGAGCCGGCAGGUAGGUCCGUCCCGGAGCUCCUCACGCUCGCUGGACUUCUCCCCAGAGGUCGGCCCCGGCCCCGCCUCCAUCAGUCAUUGACCGUGAGCUGAGCAAACACCGGCCUCUCAAAUCCUGCGGUGCCCCAGAGGUCAAAGGUCAUCCUGCGAUCUCAUGCUGCUAAGUCAGGUUUGAAUCGGAACUUGGAAAUAAAUGUAGAUGGUGUUUUGGGAAGUACGCAGCCGUGGAAGUGACGUGCAUGAAUUUAUUCUGUUUAUCCCGAGAUAAUAAAAAAAAAUAAAGACACGCAUGUCACUUCCAGGGCUGCGGACUGUAUAGCUUUGCCACACGUGGUGUUAUUUUGGGUACAAGGCACUUGAUCAGAGGGUUGAAAGCGCAGACAGUGACUGGCAAUGUGCACGAACAGUUCUGAAGCCAUGGGAGACACAGUGUCACCACACAGUGGUUCCAGGAGGAUGAACACAGAAGCCUUGCCAGAGAGGCCACGACGCAUGCGCUGACGUUUAGCGUUGUAUCUCAAGAUAACUGCUCUCUCGGGAUAAGAAAAAAUAAAGUCGUGAAGACGCGGAAACAUUAUGAGCCCUGCAGGACAGGCUCGCGCUCGAGAUCUCGCCAUGUGACGUGCAGCUGGGGUCUGUUUCAUGUCGAUCUCAGACUCACCACUAGAUGUCACCGUUCAGUCCUUGUUUUCGAGCCGUGACUGAUCCACGGAAGGUGCGGAGCAGGUGCCGAUCUGAGACCCCUGUGAGCGACAGCCCCCCCCGCCGGGAGGUUGACAUGGUUCAGCCCAAUCCGUCUGUGGCCUCACCUGAGGCUCAGGAGCAGAGGCGCCACAACACUUGGUGCGCUCUGAACCGCAUGGCUGCUCAGCGGGCUGGACCUCAGGUGAACUGCUCUCCGCCAGCUCUUCACUCUGGCAGGUGUGUGUGUGGGUCAGGUGUCAGUGUCUCCUGUGCUCGGCUCACUGUGUGACUCCUCUUUCACCCGUUGGCUGGAAUCCACUCCCUGUGCCGUGGACCUUUGUCUUCCCGUCUCUUGUCCGGCCAGCAGCCUGUGCUCAGCAGGUCCCCAAACCUAACACGAUGACGCGGUUGUUUUCCCCUCA